GCACAGGCGGGACCUUCCUUAAAUGAGGAAUGGCUGCAAGCCUACAAAGCACCUAUCUUGCACCCUUCUAUUUUCUACAGGCACGAUUCUUUCAAAGCACGGAAAAAGGCGCUAUCCGACCCGAGCGUGGGAGCGCUUCUUGUUUCUGCCUGCGAGUUCCGUACGCAUUCUUGCCACUCUCAACCCCGCAUGCUAACCGAGAGCCGGAAGUGGCGGUGAGGAACGGGAAGGGUGGCGCCCCUUUGCUCUUAGGCCCUGUAACCGCCCGGCGCGGCGCGUUGCGCAGCCUCUCGCGGGACGGUCCGCGGCGACAUCGUCCCAAAGCUCCGCCUUGGAGGGUCGGCUUGGGCCCGCUGCCGGCGAGAGGCGGGCGGGGGAAGCGACAUGGCCGACAGGGAGACCUGGAGGGCCGUACUUGUUCCUUCUCGGGCCAAGUGGAUUCCUUGUGCAGCAGUGAACGAAAGCGAGUUGAAGAAAAGCAGAAGCACGCGCCUGUGUGGGAAUUCAGGAAAAAGCCUCCCCUUGACUGGCACCUGCCUCUUAAUGAAGAGAAACCAAAGUGAUGAAGCAGUGGGAUGCCAGGUCUGCGAUGUCUCUAGGGGACUUCUGAGCCCGUGUGGUGUGGGAGAGUCACCAGCCACCUCUGCAUGUGUGCGCCUCAUUUCAGUUGUGUCAAAUGUAUGUUCAUUUUAAAGUAUCUGUUCUGAAUCCUUUCUUUCCUUUGGUGAGAUGUUCAAGGUGCUUGCCUCUUCCUCCUUUGUAGCUCCACCUGCAAUGCCAACUGCAAGACUUACCAAACACUCCUCAAAGCCUGUAAUGUUCGUCUCCAGCUGGGCCAGAUUCAGGUCAACUGACGGCAGGGAGCUCAGAGCUUAACCCCCGAAAACACCCACAUAUUACGCCUUACUGCCAGCAAUUAAGUCUUAGGUGUGCCAGCCAUUUAGAAUGGGGGCAAAGCUGCACAAAACCCGGGACAUACUGGGGAAGUACGAUUUGGCACACAGGCCUAAAAUUCAACUCAGGUAUUACUCAAAGUAAGUGGAGGGAAUUUUAAAGUCUGUUGCACUAAAGAAAGGGCAUGCGUACAGUCUGAAAAAUGCAGGCCAAAAGAUCUGUGGAAUCUCCUCGAGUUUCCAUUUGUUUGACUAUACCGUUUUGAAAUGAUACCCCCAUUUGGGAAGGGAAAACACCUGAAGGUCUUUAUGAGGAUGCUUCCUAUUUGUAGUUUCCAUGAGAAAGGCAGAUCUGAUAGUACCUCCCAGAUGCACACAUUCGGCCCAAAUUGUUGCUUAUAGAGCGACUGGGGAGCAGAAUAUGCACAGCUAUUUAUGCCCAGUGGCCGGCUUGAAGGCCUCUUGCAAACAGAAAGACUAUUUCGGUGGUCCACUGUUAAAAGGAGUCUGUGUGCUUUGUUCAAGAUGGAAAAUAAUUCUGAGAGCCCCAUUACCUUUUUAUCCCCCCAAAUAAAAUAUCCAACAUUUUUCCUUUCUUUGUCCUAGCAGCAGGUCCUUCCUGUAGCCAUCCGUGAAGAGAUUUGAAAGUUUGCAAGACCCUUCUUCCCCCAUUCCAGCUUGGGACGCCGAACUUGCAAACAAUGUAACCCCACUAUCAAUUCAGGAUUUUUCCCAGUUUUAUUCCACCCCCAAUCGUGUGUUUGUUUUUUUUAAAUAUCAUCUUGCCUUCUAAAGAGAUAUGCUUAAAAAUGCACAGUUUGGGUGGUCUAAUAAAAACAGGACACCACUA